CACAUUCCCCAUCGUUCCACAUAAAAAAAAUUCAGAUAUUUAACAAUUCAAAAGAAAAAACUUAGUUUCUCUGUAACAAUGUAUGGAGAGGGCGAGAUGAUGGCGGCAACAGAAACCGAGUACGCUUUGCUGGAGUCGAUACGACGUCACUUGCUAGGUGGAGAGACGGAGUUACAAUACAGUGAGUCAACACCGAGCUCGUGUCUCACAGAGAGUACUUGGGGAGACUUGCCGUUGAAAGAGAAUGACUCCGAGGAUAUGCUAGUGUACGGAGUCCUCAACGGAGCAGCCUGUGAAACGUCAUCUCCCUCAUCGGACUUGAGCUGCCUCAGCGACUUUUUAGAUUUAGAACCCUCGUCGAAGCCCUCGGCGGUUAAAACGGAGCCGUCGGAGAAUAUCGCGGCGGUGGUGCCGCCGGAGAAGGGGAAGAAGCAUUACAGAGGAGUGAGGCAGAGGCCGUGGGGGAAGUUCGCGGCGGAGAUUCGAGAUCCGGCGAAGUUCGGAGCGAGGGUUUGGUUGGGGACGUUCGAGAAGGAGGAGGAUGCAGCUUUGGCUUACGACAGAGCUGCUUUUAGGAUGCGUGGUUCCCGCGCUCUGUUGAACUUUCCGUGGAGGGUUAAUUCGGGCGAGCCCGACCCGGUUCGGAUCCCGUCGAAGAGAUCUUAUGCUUCUUCUUCGUCUGAUAAUGGGGCGCAGAAACGGAGGAGAAAUGGAGAGGACGUGGCGUCGGAGUUGCAGGUGAAGUGCGAGGUUGCAUUAUAAGAGCUGCUUUAUGUGUGUUCUUUUCUUUUUUGGUCAACAGCUUCCUGUAAUAGAAAGUUUUGCUAUAUAGUAAAGUGUUAUAUGUAAAUUACUGUUUCAAAACGCACGGUGAUUUAUUCCAAAUUGUAUGA